ACGUGAGUGAGUGUAUUAUGUGAGAAUGCCGGACACAGUGAAUAUUCGAGUUUAUAUUUCGAACGUGUACAAAAGCUGCAAGGGAUGCUACUUGAGAAGUAUAAGGCCGGCGCAGCCGAAAAGGUGCAUGGCGCGGGCAUUGUACGACAACAUAGCGGAGUCGCCCGACGAGUUGGCGUUCCGGCGCGGCGACUUGCUGACCGUGCUGGAGCAGAAUACGGGCGGCAGCGAGGGCUGGUGGCUGUGCUCGCUCAGGGGACGCCAGGGAAUAUGCCCGGGCAACCGCCUGCGCAUUGUCGCGGGCGUAUUUGACGCAAGUUCGGCGUUGCAGAGGCGACGUGCGCGCACCCCCGCGCCUGUUGCGCAUCAACCGCUGCCGGCGCAGCAGUCGCCGGCGUUUACUAAGAUAGAAGAAUGCUCACAUUACGAUGUGCCUCGCGCACCUAUGCCAGUGCAGAGGAUUGGCAACUAUGACUCCCCAAGGCCCAUCGGUGACUGGUAUGACGCCCCGCGCGCGCCCCGUCCCGCCAGCGCAGACUCGGCGUGCAGCGGCACCGGCUCCCUCACAUCGGCCACAUCCAGCGCCUCCGCCAACUCGGGCAGUUCCGCACACUCGAGCACGUAUGACGUGCCGCGGUCGCGCGCCCUGCCGCUGCCCUGUGACGCGGCACUUGAGGCUUUGGAAAGAUUACAGGAGGAAGCGUCAGCGGCAGUGUCCCGGCUGCUGUCGUGCGUGACGCCGGGCUGGCGACGGCGCGGCGCGCUGCGGCCGCGCGUGCUGGACGUGCGCGUGGCGGGCGCGCGCCUGCGCGCCGCGCUGCACGACCUCGCCGUGUUCGCGGACGCCACGCUCGCCAACGCGCAUAAUGCACAGGACAAAGGCAUCGCAGUAAAGCUACGGCCACUAGUAAAAGCCCUGAAGGACGCGGAGCGCAUAACGCACGAGGCGACAUCAGCGCUGGACGCGGGCGACUGGGCGCCCGAGCGGUUAGAACGCGAGCGAGAACCAACAGACGGGACGCAAGAUGCCCUGGACCAGCUGGUUGCGUGUGCGAGGUCCUUGACAGAAGAUGUGAGGCGAGCGGCUUCAUUUAUACAUGGGAAUGCGUCGCUAUUAUUCAGGCGGUCAGCAGGCAGCACAGUUCCAGAACACGAAUGGACGGAAGAAUACGACUAUGUCCGCCUAGAAUCACGUACGGCGGUGGGGCGGCGGAACGCCGAAAUCCGCGCUGCAUUACCCGACAAGCUACGGGCGUCGUUCGACGCGCUUGUGAGGGAUGCCGACCAUGCUGGCGAGGUCAGCGCAGUAGCAGCAGCGACACGCCUGCCCGCCGACGACCGUCAACUCGCCGCCUUCUAUGCGGCGCAGGCGGCCACGUACGGAGCGCACCUCGCCACCGCCGUCGAAGCGUUCUUGCGGACUGUGGAGAUGGGGCAACCGCCUGAUGUCUUCCUCGCGCAUGGCAAAUUCGUCGUGCUGAGCGCGCAUCGAAUCGUUCACGUUGGGGAUACGGUCCAUCGGAGCGCCCAACACGCCGGCUUAAAGUCACGAGCCCUCCGAUGUUCCGACGCGCUGUCAGACGCGCUCGCCGCCACCGUCGCCAAGACCAAGUCCGCCGCUCAACAGUUCCCGUGCGCAAGCGCCGUGGCGGAGAUGGCCGAGGCUGCCCGAACGCUAGCCGCACGAGCUCAAGAGUUGCGGCGGGUUCUGGUUCGCGCCGCCGACCCGCCGGCUGACACGCCGCUCACCCCCGCGACCGCUGUCGCCCCCUCCGCACCCACGACCCCUCUGACGCCCUGCACGCCGCACAACCUUACUCCGCCUUCGUUGGCCACUCUACAGAUAUAAUAGUGGAAAUGAACAAUCCUUUUGAAGGAAAUUAAAGCCAGUGACGUCCUUAUGAAUGUGAAGUACCGGCGAAUCUAUUUGGAGUGUACGACGGACAGUUCUUUUGAACGUUAGGCUGUGAAUGAUAUCACGUUGGCUAUGUUGAAAGCGUUUUGGUGUUGGAUGUAAGACAAUUGUAUGUAAAGCUUAUACAAGUUUAACAUAAUCUGCUGCGCAGGUCUUGAUGUUUGGUAUUAAAAUUUCACCUCUAUUUGAGGUUGACGGACACAUAUAAAUAGUGAACUAUGCUAAAAGGUACGGUGCAUAUGGUGUUAAAGUUAAAACGCGUCGUUACCUACAUAAAUUAUGUAAGUAAACUAUAAAUGUCAAGGCACAAUCAUUAUUGAUCAAGGAGUUUGAAUACGAAUCAUUACCAAAGAAUUGUCGAGAUAGUACCCACGUAGCUACAAAAUGUGAACGCGACUGCCAUAAUGACGACGAAAUAGUUGUAUUUAAUGUUAGCAUAAAUAUGAUCUACCUACAAUAAAUUAAAGGCUGCCAUUAGUAAUGUAUAGGGUUCCGAUAGUUACCCUGCUAUACGAAGACGACGCUUAAGAGAAUCAAGUGAGGUAAUGACAACGCAUUUUGAAUGGAUGCUAUAGUAGAGAUUCAGUGAUGAAUAAAUCAUUCUAACACAGAUUUCUAAACUUUUGAUAAACCGAACUAAUCAGAAACUAAACUCGCAGCUCCUUAUAAGUUGAAGUUUUAUAUUGAGCUUUUUUGAGCUAAGGAGCUAUGACGAAAUACCAUAAUGAUGUCAAUUUAUUGCCAUGUUUUUAUCCGCCUUGCUUAACCUUUCGAGACCCGUUCGGCUCCCUGGGGAGCCAGCUAUAUGUACCCUCUUAUAUGUCGCCAUAUUGUAUGUUGCCAUAUUUGUCCGGGUCUCGAAAGGUUAAGGAGUUAUCACAUGUAUAGUACAACGUUUAUCGAGAAGACAAUUUGCGGUGGUUUUUGAAAGAAGAGACAUGAAUAUUGGUACUAAUCGACUAUCGGGAUCCUACUCGGAUCAACGUAGUUUGUAUGCCUCGGCGAAUUCAUUUAAACGACACGGAUGUCAACUUUAAGGUUUUAAUUGCUGGAUGCUCAUUUGCAUUAGUGAGUUGAGUUGUCCGUCCAGAUUUUAUACAAUUUUGCAUCAGCUAGUUACGACUUAGAUUGUGUACGUGUAAAAGUGUACUUUAUGCCGAGGGCAACGCAUUUCUUUUCUAACAUCAUAAGUAUCAUUGCACAAUUUUAUGUCAGUUUUUGAUAAGUACCUAUUAUACCUACUACUGGGCCCUAAUUUAUAAUGCUACAAAUUACAAUUUUACAAGCGCUGACAAAAAAACUUGUAACAUUGUAACUUGUAGCUUUAUUAAAUAGGGUCCUGGUGCUGUUUUUUCUUGUUGGUGCCAUUUUUAUGUUGGAAGACUUAAUAAUAUACUAUACGUGAAUAAGACUAUUAUUUGUUCUGAAAGAACAAAAAUGUUCCUGAAACUUGCCUCACGAGUCAGCGUGCAAAUAUAACUUGUAUUUGGUAGCUAAAAUCCAGUGGUAAGCGAACAAGCAACCACGUUUUACGAUCGCAAUUGACUCAUCACUAGAAUACGCUCAAACUAUAAAUGUAUUAUGUUAAAUGGGUCCAUUGGAGUCCUAACACUAAAAGGGUCAUUCUACACGGAUUAAGAAACUGCCUUAUUAUGGUCUCUGAUAGUUAUGAAUAUUUUCAUUAAUCAUAGCCAAUAAUUAGAGACCAUAGAUAUUUAGAUUCUUAAUUUAAGAUGCGUGUGGGAUAGCCCUUAUACAAUUUGGUAUGAGUCAGAAGAUAAAAGAUUCUACGUAUUAAAAAACUAGGGUAACCUAUCCUAAAAUACGUCACUUAGUAAUUUUGGUAAUAUCGACCGAUAUCGGGAGAGUGGCAAAUUUUAAGGCAGGUUACCCUAAUGUAAGUGUAGUUUAUUGUUCAAUUCAUAACUCCUUUGGACUCUAAAGCUUGUCACAUAGACUCGUGGCUCAUUACUUAAUCGUUACACAACUACAAUAGCAUUGUGUAUGUACGUACUUACGUUUUGUACAGUCGACUACAAAAAGAUGUAUCCAUUUUUUCACUAUAUUACAAUGCAGUAAGGUGAAAAAGUGGAUACAUUUCUUUGCAGUCGACUGUACUUUAUACAUAAACAUACUAGAUAGAAGUAGUUUAUGUGAAAAGCAUGUUGUAAAUUAGCAAUGUGUAAUAUAUUUCAAAUAGGUGUCGUAGUUUAGCUAGUUAUAGAUGGAAAUUGUACAAAUGCAUAUUUAAAAAUAUUAAUUUUAAUAUUGAACUAUAAUUUAUCAUCAUGUAAAAUGCAAUUAAGUAAAAUAUACAAAUUUUCGUAUCUAAUAA